AUGGUUCACAAGACCUCGGGUUUACAAGACGGCGGGGUUCACAAGACGGCGGGGUUCACAAGACCUCUGGUUGGUGCAGGUAUGAUGAAGAAGAUGAUGGAGAACAUGUCUCAGGUAAUGUCGCCUGACCUGUUGUCGUUGGCGAGUAACCCGGAGUUGCAGCAGCUGAAGUCGCGGCCUGAACGGCUCUUCGGGCCGGGUGUGAAUGGCGCUCCCGUGGAGGCGGGAGGGUUGGGGGACGCCUGGAAGCGUUGGAAGGUGAUCUAUCCGGAGUAUCUGGACAGUCGUCUAACGUGCCGAGAAGGCCGACGGUUGCAGCAAGAGGCAUGUGUGCCCGACGUCUCAAUCCAGGAUGUUUUGCGCGCUCUUGCCCAGCUCGAUUUCCCGUACGUCUUCGAAAACAAGCGCUACCCCCGACGCGUCUACGCAGACGGCGGCCGAGUCAAAGUAGGCUUCGCAGGGACCAGGACCGAGCUCUACCUUGCCGUGGCCGUGGCCAUCAUGAUCAACCGGCAGCAGGAGGAAGAAACUGCCGUGGGAGACCAGGGUCAACCGCCCGCCCUGACCCAGACUUCUCACUUACCGUCCACAACGGUCGACCAGCAACGACUCGACCAACAACGGACCGACCAGCAACGGACGGACCAGCAACAAGGGGCAUCGGCUAGGCAACACCCAGACGGCACCGGACCACCCAAGAAGCGGUAUGACACCAGGAAAAAGAAGGGAACGAAACGAACAGACCGUUAA